AUGUUGGAUCAAUUGAGUAAUUUUAGCGACCGUAGUGAAGCAACUGAUCGGAAUGUUGAAGAAAUUAUAAAAGAAGCAGAAGAAAUUAUUGACAAAUCAUCUGGCAUUAAGUUAAACGAAAUUAGAAUAUUAAACAGUCCUAAAAAGGAAAUACCUGAUGCAAACAAAGAAAUAAAAUUACUACAGAGUAAUGAUAUUGUAGUUAAUGAAGAAAAAGAUUAUCAUGUUAGUCAAGAGUCACCAAAAAAUGAGGCUCUACCUGUCAAAGGUUCAGACAAUAAGUUAAAAGAAAACAACAGUGAUAAUAAUCCUGCCAUACCUCAAAAUUUAUCUGAAUCUGAUGAUUCCAAACAUAAUUCUAACUUAUUAAGUUCAUCGGGAAGCUCGAUAAAUCACAUUAAACUAACAAUUGAUUCGUUAAAACAGUUUUCAAAUUUGGUUGAACAACAAUUUAAUAAUGCAUCUAAAGCUGAAAAUUCCAACAAAACAAAAUCUGAGGGCUAUAAGGACACAGACCAAGUUUUGAAAAGCCCUAGUUUUUCUUGUUUUGAUAGUUGUUCGAGUAGCAAAUCAUUACCUAGCUACAAUGUUAAAAAAAAUUCCAAAAAAAAAAUCACAUGUAAAGCUAAUGAAAACAGAACUUACAACAGCAACAAACCUACAACUAAAGCUCUUAAUUGUUUCGAAAGAUUAUAUCAAGACAGGCCAUUAAGACUAUCUAAUGUUGAUAAAAAAAAUAAAGUUGAUUUGAAAAAUUCAAAAAAACCAAAUAGUAAAAAGAGUGAAGUUAAUCUUAAAGAUAGUAGUGAAACACUUGUAGGGAAAAAGUUAAGUUUGCAUCCUGUGACUAAGAAAAAAACUGAAAACAAAUGUCAAAGAGAAAAAAUAAAAAUCGAUGUCGAGUCUGAAAUAAUUAAUUUAGAUAUUUUCGAUGAUUUAAAUGGUGAAGAAUGUUUAAAUAAUGACAAUGAAAUUCAAGCAUAUACGUGGGGAUUGUAA